ACAUUUCUGCUUUUCUACAUUCUGGCAUGCCUUAAAAUUGGUAAGAUAUCAUCAGAUUUUUACUCUGUCUCACAGAGCAUAUAUUUAACCUUUUGUUCUGUUUUCAGUCCAUGGAGCUGACAUCAUACAUGGAGAAAAAGUGAGAAGCGACUCUAUGUUGUACAUGGUCUCUGUGCAAAACAAAUGGGGUCAUGUGUGUGGAGGGUUUCUGGUCAGCGAGGACAUUGUAAUCACUGCUGCACACUGCAGUGCUGAAGAAAUCGAUCAUGUUGUUCUGGGAACCCACAAUCUAAGGAAGUGGAAUAUUAGUCCAUUGAACAUUACAUACAUGUGCAAAUACCCAACUUAUAUAUCUGCCGGAUUUGGUGAUGACCUUAUGAUCCUUAGAUUGUCUGGAAAAGCUCCUCUUAAGAAAUUGGUGAAAACACUCCCGAUUCCAAAAGAUGAAAUAAAGCUGAAGGAGGGUGAGAUCUGCUCUGUAGCAGGAUGGGGUAAAACUGAGAGUAAGGAUUUUAUAGUAGAUGAUAUGGGAGUGGUGAAUGUUUCACUCCUAAAUCCACAACUCUGUCGAAAGAUUUGGGGGCCUGGUCUUCCUCCCAAAGUGAUCUGCGCUGGUGGAUAUAAUACAAACAAAGGAUUUUGUCAAGGUGAUUCUGGUGGUCCUUUGGUAUGCAAAGGAAUGGCUGUUGGUGUUGUGUCCUUCAACAGACACCGUAACUGCAAAUACCCUGAUGUGCCUAAUGUGUAUACAGACAUAUCUAAAUAUCUUCAAUGGAUCAACAAGAUUAUCGAAACAAAGAAGUGA